AUGCUCCGAAAAAGCGAAGAACAGCAGGAGGCAGAGCUGGCUCUGCUUUCCACCGAGGAUGAUUCGGCCUCCAACACCGAUCUUGACGAUCUUGAAGCCAAUCGAAAAGACGAACCGAUCACCAACGCCAACACAGAACCAGAAUAUCAGACACCGACGACGGUAAAAUUCAUAUGGCUAACAUGUUACUUCGGCUUCAGCAUGGCGCUGACAAUAUACAACAAAUUAAUUCUUGGAUCGUUCAAAGCACCUUGGCUCUUGACGUGCCUUCACACAUCUUUUAGCGCUCUCGGCACAUUCGCCAUGUUAAAGAUGGGAUACUUCAAAUUGUCCAAGUUGGGUCGUAAGGAACAUUUGAUACUGGUGGCAUUCUCUGUUUUAUUUACGACCAACAUCGCCAUGUCGAAUUUGUCACUGUCUCUUGUUUCGCUUGCCUUCUUCCAGAUUAUUCGCAAUACCGUUCCUCUAUUUACCGUUUUGAUCUAUCGUCUAUGGUUCUCACGCACAUAUGCGACUGGCACAUAUCUAUCAUUGAUCCCGAUCGUCGCGGGUGCUGGAAUGUGCACUGCGGGGGAUUACCAUUACUCCUUGAUUGGUUUGAUCGUCACGAUCUCGGGUGUGGUUUUGGCAGCGGUGAAGACCGUCACUACAAACCGCCUUAUGACUGGCUCCCUAGCACUCCCCUCCAUGGAGCUUCUUUUCCGAAUGGCACCUCUCGCUGCAGUUCAAUCACUUAUAUUUGGCAUCGUGGCAGGCGAAUUGCCUAUUCUUUCGCAAGCCAUGUCUGAGCGCACGGCCGAUGGAUCAGUUCUCCGUACCAUGUGCACCGUUGCGUUCAUUCUUGGGAAUGGGCUGCUUGCCCUUGUGUUGAACAUCGCUUCAUUCCAAACGAACAAGAUCGCUGGUGCACUUACGAUUACGGUGGCUGGAAAUCUGAAACAGGCCAUCACGCUAGCCUUGGGAAUCAUCGUAUUUGGGGAUUUCGCUAUCAAUCUGCUUAACGGGAUGGGAAUUUUCCUUGUUCUUGCUGGGUGUGCAUUCUUUAGCAAGGUUGAGCUAGAUUCGAAGAGGCGCGCGGCUUCAUCAUCAUGA